UUCAGACUUGCUGCAAAAAUAUUAUCAGAAUGAUUCAGUUCGAAAUAAUUUGUUUUACUGUUUGCAGACGCAGUUUUUGACCUAUUCGGUUUUAAGACUCUCCUGGUAGAAUAAAUUUGUUCACUUUUUAAAGAAGAAGGGAUUUUUAAGCCUGUAACCCUUCUUGAAGGGUUGCUUACAACGUUCUGCAAAUCCCGACUAAUCUGUGAUUAUUGUAAGGGCUAGAAGAAUCUGAUAAAAAUGUUGACUUAUUUUGCAUCGAUUUCAGCCGUUCGUUAAUCCACUCUUCAUCGAAUUGCCUCCCUAAAUUCUUAUGUUUUCUCAUAACAUAUCACCGAGGGCACAUAUUUAACAACAGCUUUGAAUGAUCUUCUUUUCCAGCCUGCAAUUGCACACUCCUCUGAGAUCAGAUUGUGUUCACCCCGCUUUGGAAUUUCGGUUUGCGCAUGCUUGGUUCAUAACAUAUCAACAUCAUACAGUUGAUUUAUGAAACAAACCACUACAUAAAUUAGCAAGUUCCUCGCGAAUUUCAAUAUUGCUUAUUACAUAAAUACAUAAUUGAUGUGACAAAAAGCGUUUGUUCAUUAAUCGAGUAAGAAACAAAUUUCUGAUAACGGGUUUCUGUAAGUGGAUUUGUACAGUUUUGUAAGUGAUAUGCCAUACCAGAGAUUAAUGGAGAAAGCGGAGAUUUAAGAUGAGCAAAAUUCAAUUGGUCUUCCCCUCCGUUGUGUAAUGUUUACAUUGGUUGGAUCAGCUUGUCAUAAGUAGGGCACCAGACUACAAAAACCAAACUAAAAAAGUUGGGGAAGAAGGAAAUUAUUAUACUGGCUGCCUAGAAAUAUAAUGAUAAUUUUUUCAAAUAAAGCACAUUGUCAAGAGAAAAGUUCUGGAGGCCAGAAGCCAUGACAGCCAAAAAUGUAAACUGAAUGGGCCCAAGAAUUGAGCCUUUCGAUACUCCACAAGAAAAGCUAAUGCGAGGCUACCAUACCAUGCAAUAUUGGCCUAAAUCACAAGUUUAUGUCGACAGGAUUACCGUUAUAAAUACUUGCAAUCAACGCAGUUACAAUGGGAAUAAAUGUUAUUUGAUGCAAUUGCCUUUCAACUAUGUCGUUUAUCAUUGACUCAAUACUAGUUUUUGGCUCCGAAGCUCUGUUCUUUGCAUUCGGCUGGAUAUUUUUCACGAGCAAGCUGUUCAAAGAUUACGAAGUACACCAUGCUGUCGUUCAACUCAUCUUUUCUUUCACAUUCUCGUUAUCUUGUACUAUGUUUGAGCUGAUAAUAUUCGAAAUACUUGGUAUAUUGGAUCCAUCAUCACGUUAUUUUCAUUGGAAUGUUGGGAUUUAUUGUUUAUUGCUCGUUGUAAUCCUAUUGAUUCCGGUUUAUGUGGGUUAUUUUGCCGUCCUAAAUUUCACAAGGAUACGUGGUACCACAUUGCAGGUUGUGCUUACUUUUGUCUGUUGGUUCGGCUUUUUCUAUUUCUUCUGGAAAAUCGGCAACCCUUUCCCGAUCCUUUCAGCGAAGCAUGGAAUUUUGUCAAUCGAGCAAGGAGUUAGCCGUGUUGGGGUAAUCGGAGUAACACUGAUGGCCGUUCUCUCGGGAUUUGGUGCUGUUAACGCCCCGUACACAUACAUGUCCUAUUUCAUGAGACAGGUCACAGAUGCAGACAUUCAUGCAAUCGAAAGACGUCUGAUGCAAACGAUGGAGUUGAUUCUGAUGAAGAAAAAACGAAUUUCAUAUUCUAAAAGACAGCAAUUAACAAAUGGAUCAAAAUCACCAAAAUCAGGAAUUUGGGGAGUUUUCAGUGGAUUUUCCAGUGGAGGAGGAAGUGAAAAUAUCAGUCUUUUAGAAAAUGAAGUUAAAGCACUAGAAGAGUUAAGCAGAGCCCUUUUUCUAGAAUCAGUGGAUUUGCAUAAUUCAAAAGAAAGAGUUGAAUUUUCAAAAACUCUUCAAGGUAAAUACUUUGAUCUUCUUGGGCAUAUAUUUUCAAUCUACUGCAUAUGGAAGAUUUUCAUCUCGGCUGUCAAUAUCAUAUUUGACCGUGUUGGAAAAGUUGAUCCUAUAACAAAGUCAAUUGAAAUUCUGGUGCAUUACUUUGGCAUAGAAUUUGAUGUUCACUUUUGGUCACAACAAGUUUCAUUCAUUCUGGUUGGAAUUUUGAUUGUUACGUCAAUCAGGGGACUUCUUAUUACACUUACAAAGUUCUUUUAUGCAAUAUCAAGCAGCAAGUCAUCAAAUAUAAUAGUUUUGGCCCUAGCUGAGGUAAUGGGUAUGUACUUCAUAUCUUCUGUUUUGCUAAUGAGAAUGAACAUGCCUGAGCAGUAUCGUCAGAUAAUCACAAAAGUUCUUGGUGACCUUCAGUUCCAUUUCUACCACCGCUGGUUUGAUGUUAUCUUUUUGGUGAGUGCCUUGGCCAGUAUCGGAUUCUUGUAUCUUGCACACCAACAAGCCCCUGAGAAACACAUGUAUCAAUCUGGAGAGCUUUAGUGGAUAUUAGAUUAGACACAAAACUUAUAAAGCUACAGGAAACCCAAAUUCAUCAAAAAUGAAUUGCAAAGUCAUCCGUCACUUAAUUUCCAGAAUCAUUAUGAAUGAUAUGCUUUCUUAGAAAACCUUAGUUUGUAUCUAAUGACAAUAUGAAUCAGAUAUUAAAUUCUAUAAAGCUGAACAAUAUUAUUUGAAAUAGCUGUUUACCAUUUAACUGCUAAUGAAAUUUAUUUUCAGUAGUUUUUCUGAACAGUAGCUAUAAAAUAUCUACUAGAAAGAUGCUAUUGAAAAUUGUUUUUCUGAAGAAUACUAACUUGUCAAUAAAGAGAAAUAAACUGUUCUGUUAACUUUCAUUGUUCUAUUUAAAUGUUUAUCCUAUUGAAUAAUUUGAGGAUAUAUCUAAUUGAUAAUAUUCCUCACUACCUGAAAUAUUAUGGUUUUGGUUAACAUCUCUGCUUACUUAAGAGUGAAAAAAUCGUUAUUUUGUCAAAGCAUUAACUACAAAUUGCCUUUUUACUUAACAAAUUUAUUUUGAUACUUUCACAUGUUUUGAACACAGCACGUAGCCCAAGUUUACUGUCCUGUAAAAUAUAUGUUUUAUUAGUUUUGUUACUUCUUGUAGAAUUUUUAGAAUAAUUCAAUUGAGUGCGGCUGCUAGACGGACUCCAAUAGAAUGGUUGUGACAAAAGGUCGAUAAAAUACAUAAAAAGUAAGGAACACCGCAACAAGCCGAGAACAAACAACAAUUUUUGUUGGCCUAUUUCUUUAUAUGUAGCCUUAGGUUAAAAUUUUUGAUGUAUGUUAUCAGGCUUGAAACCCCAUUCUUUAUACUGCAAAUUCUGGUACUGUAUUGUACAUUUUGUUUCUUUUUCCAUGACAGGUUUUUCCAUUAGAGAGUUUUUCCAGAACAGAUUUUCCAUUGACAAUCUUUUUCCAGAACAGUUCAGAUCAGCUACUUGUUUUUAAAUCCAGUCAGGCGUUUUAUACGGUGGUGCUAGCAGAAAACUAAAUUAAUUUUUCACCUGUGACAGCAAUCAAUCUGGUCACAUAUUUGCAAACUACUGAGAGUGGUAGUUUCCCUUCAAUGUUUCGAAUUUCAUUGUCUCGUACGUAUAAAACCUCUCUCUUGCAAUUCAAAGCAGAGACAUUUACUUGACAGGCCUUCCAGAACCAAGCCGUAUUUUAAGCAGAUUGAAUUGCGAAAUUCUUCCUUAUUUAAGUCAUGGCCUUCGUCUGCGCAGCUCCCUUAUCUUGUGUUCGUGACAGAGUAUUCUGCAGUGACUUACUAGUUGCUUUUUGAGCAACCAAAUUGGCCUAACCUUACAAGCUGCUUGAUGACUUCAUCAUUUAGCAAACGGUGUAAAAAUUGUUGCACUAUCAUAGCUGCAUGUGAUGCAGUUAUUGAUGAUUCAUCUUCAAAACACGAUCCAAGUCGAUGAUGCCCAUCUCACCUAAUCGAAAAGGUAAAGCCAAACUCUACGUAAUUCCCGAGAGACCUUACACACAGACACGAGGUACAAGCCUUACAUCUGCUAUUUUUUUCAAUUGGCUGUAUCAAAGUGAGGAAUUGCACUCAUACAGUAAGUGAAUUUAUACACGAAACCAAAUGUGAGGGCGCUGUACGCAGCUGGCGGUUGAAAUUCAGCUAUAUUACACGAAUUCUCCAAUGCCUUCAGCCAGCUCAGCUGACUCAAAGACGACCAUCUAAUGAAUGCUCUCAAAUGUCUUGGACCCUCAGAAAGAUCUUCAAAUGUGCGUUGUGCUUCUUCUUCCAUAUCCUCACCUUUCUUCAUAACAAUUAUUUCUUCUCAUUCACAAUGUAGCCAAACUUUUUAUAUUCCAUCUUCAGAGUUUAAAAAAAUUAUCAAUAGGGGCCAAUGACUAUGCCGCAGAGGCAUCAACAACUAACUAAACAUAGCAAGGCAAAAUUGGCGAGCUCUGAUUGGCUAAGAGAAAAUUGUAAACAAAGCAGCUAAUUGGACAAAAACGAAAUUCUACCUUGCUACUAAACAUGCCUCACUUCAUUGCAAAGUAAAGAUAUUUAAGGUAAUGUGUCCAGCUAUAGCAAGCGACUCUGCAGGGGUUUUUAGAAACAUGUGAUUUUUCAUGCCAUCGCCCCAGUCAUUACGGUCGUUCUGUUUAUUUAUUCUGCUGCGAGGUCAGCCUUUCAUGUGAGCAGUUUUGCAUUGCAAGAACACUAACCAAUCGCAAAUUGUUAUUUUGAUGGGUGGCUUGAAAGUUGGGUAUACGCAGUCCUUUUAUAUGGACACAUUACCUUUAACAAAGAAGUUGAAGUGGCACAGAAUGGCAUUGCUGAAGAUUCUCUCUGUGAAGUAUCCUUUAAUAAAAAUUCGUAAUGAAAAUGUGUAAAUAUGAAUUAAGAAAUGUAAGUAAUAAUCAAGAAGUUUUACAUCAAACAGCUUUUUUGAUGUAAAAAUAACAAAUGUAAAUGCUGAAUCAAAUAAAUAUUUGCCAACGGAAAUUAUUCUUAGAAAGGCGAAAAACGAAAAGAAGCAAAUGUACAACCAGAAAGUUACUAGAUUUGAUCAUAGAAUGGAACAUUUACGUGUUUGGUCUUUGGCACCAACAGUGACAAAAAGUGUCAAUUUUCCAAAAGCGAUCGGCAAAGAAACUUCCAGCGAGAAGAAACAAAAAAUGCUGUGAAAAAUUUGUUUAUGAUUAGAGCAGAAAUUUCCUUUUGUGAAAUUUCCUUACGUUAAAUGUUAUUGUAUAUUUGAGGUUCACGAACAGUUUUUUAAUAGAAUAUAUUGGUGGUUUAGGACUUAUGUGAUAAACAAAUAGGAUUUGUCCAAAAUCUCAUAUUUAACAGUCGAUAACACCAUGCAGGCAUUUGAGAUUAGAUACAAGAAUGAUUAUUUAACAAAGACUACGUGAAUAAAGUUUGCAUGUAGUAUUUUUGGCACACAAUAUGAAUAAGGUUCAAUAAAAGAAAACCCAAACUGUGCAUGAAAGAUAACAACAUCAAGAUAGUAUGAACCUUGCAUAAUUACGUAUGUAGCACUCAAUCUUUAUGGUGUGCGCCUAGGGGG